AUGAGUACUUUUCCUUUUGAUUUGGAACCAUCUGACAAGAUAAUAUUUAAAUCACCAAAACUUGGAGAAGAAGCAUGUAGUGUUACUAUGAAAGUAGUAAAUAUUACAAAAGAGGCUCAGGCAUUUAAAAUAAAAUGUACAAAUAAUGAUUUCUUUAGACUAAGACCACCAACAGUCAAUAUUCCUCAUGGAGAUAAACCAGUUAAUAUUACCAUAACAUUUAAUCCAGGAAAAGCUAUUCCUGAAAAUGGUAAGCAUUACUUUGCUAUAUAUGGUACUCCUUUAAAAGGAGCUGAAAAUGUUAAGGCAGCUUUUGCUACUGAGGAAGGAAGUAAAGUUGAACCAAAAAGAAUUCAUGCUUACUUUACUAAAGAAGGUGGUGAUGAUCAAAAAGAUGGUAAAAAAGGUGCUAAAGAGGAAAAGAAAGAUGAAAAGAAAGAGGAUAAGAAGGAUGAUAAGAAAGAGGAUAAGAAGGAUGAGAAUAAAGAAGAAAAAAAAGAUGAUGAUAAAAAAGAAGAUGGAAAAAAGGAUGAAGAAAAAAAAGAUGAAAAAAAGAAAUAA